AUGGCAAAGAAAAGAAUGGAACAAUUGCAAUGGGAAAAUAAGACUCCACAUCUUGAAGGUAUUGUAGAUACUGCAUUGAAACCUGAAAUCUCUUAUUUGAGAAACAUGAAGGUAACACGACUAGAAGAUAUGGUACAACAAUAUAGCCAUUUACAAGAAGACAUGGAACAAAAUGACUUAAUCAAUAAAUUGAUACAACCAGAAGAUAAAGUCAAUGAAGAACCAUUUACAUUGUACCAGCCUAUGAACUAUAAAAUGCGCACAUUGAGUAAUUACGAGAAUCCUCUGAGAGAUGUACCAUUAGAACGACUAAUAAAUGCUCAUAGAAAACUUGAACAAGAAAUAGAUCGAAGAAAGACUGUACUAGAAAAGUAUUUGAAUAAGUUGAAACUGAAUUCACUGAAUGAAAUGUCCAAAGUACCGAUUAGUCGUCAUCCCAGUACUGGAAAGCAGUUGGUUAUAAAAAAGGCAACUGAAAUUAUUCAUAAUGCGACUGAAGCUCAGACUGAGGCUUCUACAACUCACUCUUCAAUCAUAGAUGAUAAAAGAAAAAUAGCAGAAGAAUUCUUAUCGAAUUACAAGCUUACUGCUCCAUUAUUCCCAAGAAAACCAAAAAAGGCCAAAUCAAUAUUUCGCUCAGGAAAUCAAACCGAGAGCUCUGUAAAAACACGUACAAAAGAUGACUCAACAGAGGAUUCACAGGCUCUACGCUCUGGAGCAGAACCAACCAAAUCACCUCCGGGGAACCAUAAAGAAGAAAAACAAAAGUCAGAAAAGCCACGACCAACAUUGAUGUCGGCUCCUCGAGGAAUCAUAACUUACGCCAAGAGAAGAUCUAUAAAUAAGUAUUCACAAUAA